GUGUCUUCAGCCAUCGCCGUUUCGUUUCCCCUCUCUCUCUCUCUCUCUCUCUCUCUCUACCUACCCACCCACAUGGACCGGCGUCGUUUCCUCCGGCGCUCGUCGGCGCAAGCCCGCUCCUUCUUCGCCCCCGCCUCCCCUCCCGGAGCGCCCGCCCCUUCACCUCGAAUCCGGCUCGCGUCUCCGUCCGGCCACCGUCUCGGCCUCAGCAGAUCGAUCCGCGGCGGCUCGGGGCGUACCCAUGACGGCCCGCGUUCGGACGGGACCGCCCGGGACGCGGAUGAGCUCGUGAGGAUCCUGUCGAGCGCCGCCGGCUCCGGUUCCUCCGUCGAGUCGUCCCUGAAUGGCGCCGCGGCGGCGGCGGCGAUGCCGCCGGCUCUGGUCGCGGAGGUUCUGAGGAGGCUGAGCAAUGCGGGUGCUCUGGCGCUCUCCUUCUUCAGAUGGGCUGAGACGAAGAGAGGGUUCGAGUAUAGCACCGAGAGCUACCAUGCUCUGAUCGAAGCUUUAGGAAAGAUCAAGCAGUUCGGCUUGGUGUGGAAAGUGGUCGAUGAGAUGAAGCAGAGAGGGUUGGUGACUAAAGAGACCUUUGGGUUGAUCUCGCGCAGAUACGCGAGAGCCAGGAAGGUUAAAGAAGCGAUCGACGCCUUUGAGAGGAUGGGGAAGUUUGGAUUGAGCUUGGAUUCGUCUGAUUUCAAUAGGUUGUUGGAUACUUUGUGCAAGUCGAGAAAUGUGGCGAAAGCACAGGAGGUGUUUGAUAAAAUGAAGGGGCGGUUCAAGUUGGAUCUCAAGUCGUACAGUAUUCUACUGGAAGGUUGGGGUCAAGAAAUGAACUUGUUGAGGAUGAUGGAAGUUUACAGGGAGAUGAAGGACGAGGGGUUUGAGCUGGAUGUUGUGGCUUACGGGAUCAUGCUCAAUGCGCAUUGCAAGAUUAAGAAGUACGAUGAUGCCGUUGGGUUGUAUCAUGAAAUGCUAGCCAAGAACUGCAAGCCUACUCCUCAUAUAUUUUGUACUUUGAUUAAUGGGUUGGGGUCUGAGAAGAGGUUAAGUGAAGCAUUGAAAUUUUUUGAGCAAUCCAAGGCUUUUGGGUUUGCUCCAGAGGCUCCGACUUACAAUGCUCUGGUGGGAGCUUAUUGCUGGUCGAUGCGGAUGGACGAUGCUUAUAGAGUUCUCAAUGAGAUGAGAAAAUGUGGCGCCGGACCAAACUCCAGGACUUAUGACAUAAUCCUUCACCACUUGGUAAAAGCUAGGAGAUCGAAAGAAGCUUACUCGGUCUUCCAGAAGAUGAGCAAUGAACCAGGGUGCGAGCCAGCUCUGAGUACAUAUGAGAUCAUAGUGAGGAUGUUUUGCAAUGAGGACAGGACGGAUAUGGCAUUGAGAGUUUGGAAACAAAUGAAGGACAAGGGUGUCCUUCCUGGAAUGCACAUGUUCUCUACUGUGAUUGCCAGCCUUUGCCAUGAAAAUAAAUUGGAUGAUGCUUGCAAGUACUUUCAGGAGAUGAUGGACGUGGGUAUACGUCCUCCGGCUAAUACGUUUAGCAAGUUGAAGCAAUGUCUCCUGGACGAGGGACGGAAGGAUGAUGUUCUGAAUUUUUCUAGGAAGAUUGACAAAUUGAGGAAAACACCACUCGUCUCAUUGUAAUACGCCAAAAGAUUCUGGCCUCUUGAUAAUGCCUUGGGUUCUUAUUUUUUCGGCCUUUGGGUAUAUUGACUCUUAGAGCCUCUGUUGGAUGCAUGUGCAACUGCGUAAGUAACUUAAGGACCGACAGCGGUACUGGAAAACCCAUUUUGUAAGCAUGGACUUGAACUAAGAUCAGGUGGGAGAUGGAUGGAAAUGCUCACUUAAGUCACUUGCUCACACUUCUCUGUCAAAUCAUUCCUAAUUUCUCAUCCUCUUCGCCCUUCUCCAUCUCUACCUUUACCAUCCCCAAACUCAGCACGCCUUCUUUACCUGCUUUAUCGUUACAGUGCUGCCUUCUGCUCGGCAUUGGGAGAAGGACCAGAACCUCUCAGUUGAUCCCUACUUCAUAUUUGUAACCUUCCCUGUCUCGUCUUGUCACUGAUGCUCUGAGUGCGUUCGAUUACCCAUUGAUCAUGCCAGAUGAGAGAUCUAAUUAUCCCCAUUUGAGUUGGUUGAUGUGGAUCCACCAUGAUGGUACCAUCAUGUCAGAUUGAACUGUUGCUGAGUGAGAGCCAUUGUGCAUCAAGAAUAUAGACUUCUAAUUUCCUUGCAAACAUCUACUUACUCCUUAUCCACUCAUAUUCCCUGUAGAAAUAUGCUUAAAUAGCUCCGAAAAAUGAUAAAUGUUCUCCUGAAUAUGCUCAGCAUUAACUACAUCCAAAACUCAGACCCAAAUACAGUUGAGCUUGCACAAGUAUUUCUUGUUAGUGUUCACCCGGGGUGUGAUGGUGGAAUGCAACGAUCCGCCCAGAUCUAUCUGAUCUGAUUGGGCAUAAAAACUGUGCCUAUAUAUUUCAGCUCUGCCUGCCUUUUGGCGUAGUAUUAACUUGAUCAAAUACGGACAUUUGAUUUUCUGGAGUUCUCUCAUGCCAGAGUGGUGCAUGCUAGAAAGCAUUCAUUAAAGAUUCAGAAUUAGACCGUGUCAUUUGAUACUGUGAUAACAUGCUAUUAUAGCGAACUCCAAUCUAGUGCAAGAAGGCUUUUGGUUGUUUUCAAUGGUGUUGUUGACGGGUAUAACCCAGGCUGCUUUAAUUCCAGUUGUCUACCCCUGAGGAAAGAGACCAACACAAUUUAUAUGCAAGGGGGACUCAUAUAAGGAGAUGUCUUUAUUAAGUUACAAGUUGCGAGUGCCAUUGUAUUUUCACAACGAGGAUUAGCCCUGAUUGAAGGGCUAAUUUUUGGAGGUGUCUGGGUGUAAAUAAGAAAUGAAAAAACUUAGGGAUAAAUCUUGAUUACCUCUUUUUUAUGACACGGGAGAUGUAUGGACUUUGUUUGUGCAUGUCCAGAAGCUGGUACAUCUUGAUGGCUACUAUGUGCUUUGACUGUUGCGGUACAUCUUGAUGCACUAAGAUGUUCAUUGAGUCUUGCAUGGAAAAUUUACUGCAGGAUCUUCCCCUUCAUACAGGCUGCCCUCAGAUUCUUUAGUUUCUUCCUUGUGCUUUGUUUGACACUUUCUUCGAAUUUUUUCCUAUGACCUGGAUACUUUUCCCUGUCAAGUUUCAUCUACCUCUGUCUUGAUUUAUAUUCUCAAUCUUUUUUGAACUCCAAUACCAGAAACUAAUCAGUACUCUAAGAUCCUUCUCGAGUUUGCCAUUGUGACAUGUGCCAUUUGGUCUUUCACACUGUUCAAGCGAUCGGCGUUUCUUGUCAAUCAUUUUCAUUGCAACUUGCUUGUACUUAUUUGGCAGCUGACCUUGAUCUUCUGGUUUCCCUUGCAGAUCCCUCCCAUGUUUUCUCCUCAGUUAGCAGGGGUCUCAAUUUUAUUGAUCACACCAGUGGUCUUGGAUGGAAAGUACAGCAAAAAAUCCAACCUUUGUAGUUGAUCCGGGACUUUAAUUAGCCAGGCGAACCCAGAUAUUUCAAGUGACAGAGAAACGACCAACCCCUGAAGCAUUUAAAGUCUUCACCGGUAAAGAUUUUUUCAAUGGCUGUCGCCUAUUAAAGUAUUAAGGCAGAAGCAGAAUUGGUCUCUAAGCAGACUCAUGUUGAGCAUCUCUCGAUAGGUAUAACUGGUAUCAUAUUUUCACUCGAUCAUCUGCAAUUCCCCCGAAUUCAAGAACACCACCGUAAACAGCGAUUUAAGAUUCAUGAUCUGGGACAAUCCAC